UACUUAGUUAAUUAAAUCCCAGCCCUCUCGUUAACUCAGCAUCAUCAUUAUAUAUCAAUCAUUUCAACCCCCAUGGCUCUCCUCCUCAGCCGCCGCCUCCUCCUACUCUUCCUCCUCUCCGCGAUCGCUAUUUCACCGUCCCAAUCCAUGUCUCCGACGUGCAAGAUGGUGGCGCGUAUGAUAACGCCUUGCGUCGCCUACUUGGCCGACAGGGCUUGGGCCCCGUACGGCCCAUGCUGCAGCGGCGUGGCCGCCCUCAACCAGACCGCGUCGACGGGCUCGGUGGCGGACCGAGUUGCCGUCUGCGACUGCAUCAAGUCCAUCGCCCCUCGGCUCCCCAUGGUUGAUCUCAAUCGUGCUGCGGUGUUACCCCGCACGUGCGGGCUCAACCUCAAUCUCACUCUCUCCCCCACCAUGGACUGUGAUAGCUUUGUGUCGCCGUGAGGGGGAGGCAGCUGGGGAUCAUGGAGUUGGAGGAAACAGAGCAAUGGUUAUUAGUGUAUUAGGAGGUUAAUUAGAGGAAAUAACUGUAAUGCCGUAGGGUGAUGUUAGCCAGGAGAGUGUUUUUAUCUUGAAUUUGUGUAAUAAUAAUCAGUGCCUUGUGCCAUUUUAGCUUUGACUA